UCCGUCCAGGCCCAACGUUCCUUCCAUUUCCUCCUUGCCAUUGUGAAACGUCGCAGAUCGAGCCAGCGCUGUGAUUGGCCGGAAUAUUAUGUGCUCCAACCACGUCGACCAUUCCUCACCUGGCGACGCUUGCCUGGCAAUCGAGGUCGCACUUCGAGACAUGGAGACGAAGGUCGCUCGGUCCACGUGGCGACAGUAUGCCACGCUAGUUGUCGGGAUGACUUGCCUUUGCUUCUUGUGCUUUUCGGGGUCGUGGGCGCGUCGAGACGACGUCACUGUAUUCCGGAAAUUAACAGGAAUCACUCAUAACGAACCAACGUGCUCGAGCGAUUCGGACUGCGCAAGUGCUGGUUCGGCGAAUCGACCACACGUUUGUAUUGAGCAGGCGUGUCACCCACGGCCGCUAUUCCCGUUCAAGUCGUUGGACGUGGCUGGCACGCUUAGUGCUUUUGCGUGCAUUGUCAUCUCGUCUGGUGGCGGUCUCGGCGGCGGCGGUCUCCUCGUUCCCUUAUACAUCAUCGUGCUCGGGUUCAGCUCGCACGAUGCGAUUCCUCUAUCGAAAGCCACCAUCUUUGGCAGCGCCGUCGCAAGCUGCCUCUUGAACGUUCGCAAGAAGCACCCAUUGGACUCGAAGCGUCCCCUGAUCGACUACGAAGUCAUGGUGAUGAUGGAGCCGAUGACAUUGGCAGGCACGAUCAUCGGCGUCAGCGUGAACAAGGUGUGCCCGGAAUGGAUCAUCACGAUCUUGCUCGUCGUGUUGCUUUCGAAAACGAGUGCUCGCAUGAUCCAAAAAGGAAAAGUCAUUUGGAACCACGAAGCGACCAAAGAUCGCAACCUCCAAGCAGUAGUAGUGCAGCAAUGGGUGGAUGUCGUGCGCGCGGCCAAGUACUCGCCUACGGUCGUUUCCUGCGCAAAGAAAUGGCGGGCUGUCCUCAACCACGACUCCAAGGACAGCUCACAACUAUCGUCUGUGUCCACCGAAGUUGCUCUAUCGAUGGCCAGUCCCAUCGACGACGAUUCCGACUUGGACGACGACAACGUGUCCGACAACGACUUUUUGCUCAAGAAACCGGCGCCCAUGUCGGGUGGGGCAGACGUCAGGAUGAAGCCGUCACCGUUGCGAUUUGCAAAAAUGGACGACCUCCACGAGUACAAACGAUCGAUUCCGUGGGGUGACUUGUCGGUUCUGCUGGUCGCGUGGCUUGGUUUGUUUGCCUACUCGAUCCUGAAAGGUGGCCAUGGCGCCCCCAGUGUCAUCGGCCUCGUCUGCGGCAGCAUGGCGUACUGGAGCUUGACUGUACUCGCUUUUCCCUUUUUUGUGUCCGUGACGACCUACUUUGGGUUUAAAAUCCUCCACCGCCACGAGCUCAUGCAAAGCCACGGGUAUGCGUACAUGCCUGGGGACAUUCAGUGGAAUCGGCGCACGACGAUGCUGUACCCGUCGUUGUGCACGGUGGCCGGUGUGGCUGCUGGCAUGCUCGGAAUUGGGGGCGGCAUGGUCAAAGGCCCGCUAUUGUUGGAGAUUGGAAUGCAUCCACAAGUGGCGUCCGCGACCUCGACCGCUAUGAUACUCUUCACGUCGUCCGCGACAACGAUCCAGUUUAUCGUGCUCGGGAUGCUGCCAUACGACUAUGCAGCGUGGUACGGCGCCGUGGGGUUUCUUGGUGGAAUUGUCGGCCAGCUUGGCCUCAGCUACUUGGUUCGCAAGUACCGCAAGACUGCGUUUGUCCUGUUUGUUAUUGCCGGCGUCAUCGCUGUCAGCGGAACUGUCAUGGGAAUUCUCGGCGUCCACGACAUCAUUGCCCACGGCUUCCGGGGAUUCCGAUAUCUCUGCUACAACGUCUAGUGUGGCGACGUUGUAGCCGUAUUUAACACGCUCAUGGUGGAGGCUUUUACAUUGGAGCGUUGGCGGCUGUGCAUCCUGUGCCAUGGAGUUGAACGCUCGAUAUGUAC